AUGACUUUUCCAAGAUCACACUUUCAAGGAACUCAUGACAGUGAAGCCGGUCCAAGUAGAAUUACACAUGUUAAUGAUGUUGCACUUGAUGAUAUGGAUGUUGAUGAAGCUUUAGAGGAUGCAGUAAUAUCAUAUGUUAACAUGGAUGCCAGAGAAAAUGGUGCAUUAUCACGUCGUCCUCAAGAAUCAGGACAUGCUUUUCGAGCAAAGCACAAUAUUGCUCGAAAUUUCAAAAAUAAUAUGAUGAUGGCAAAAGCCCGGUUGCCUCAUCCAUUUACCUGUAGACACUGCAAUGCAAGAUUGUUUCAUCAUGAAUCACGUGAUACGUGUUGUAAUGGUGGGAAGGUAUCAUUCUCACGAGUUGAUGCUCCUAUAGUAUUGCAACAAUUAUUUUUGGAUGGUUCAGCUGAAGAAAAACAUUUUAGGCAACAUAUUCGAAGUUAUAACCAUGUGGUUUCAUUCACUUCAAUUGGUGUUCAUGUUGAUAAGAAUAUUCUUGCAUCUGGUCGUGGUAUAUACACAUUUCGUGCUCAAGGUGCUUUUUACCAUAACAUAGGAGGUUUCUAUCCAAAUGAGGGUGUCAGACCGCGUUUCUUACAACUAUACAUCUACGACACCGAUAACGAGCUACAUAAUAGAAUGCAGGAAAAUCCACAGCUGCACCAAAAUGUAGUUCACAAAUUACAGAAAAUGCUCCAUCAGUUUAAUCCUUUUGUAAUUAGGUUCAAGCAACUUUCAAUACUUCCAAAUAUCAGUGAAUAUUCUAUGGAUUAUGGAAGGGAUAUUAAUGUAAUUCGUUGUGAUGGAAAUCUCAAGAAAGUUCAAGAGACAAAGGGAUAUUAUGAUCCUUUUUACAUGCUUCAGAUUCGCCCAAAUGAUCAAUCAAUGUUGUUAAAUGCGGGUCGACUGUUGCAACAAUAUGUUGUAGACAAUUAUGUCAAAAUUGAAUCAGGGAGAUUAAGGUGGAUUAAAGAGCACCAAAGUGAUAUACGUUCUGAAUUGUACCAAGGUUUACAUGAUGCUUUGCAUGUUGGUGAAACUAAUGCAGAGAACAUUGGAAAAAGAACAAUAUUGCCAUCAUCAUUUAUUGGCAGUCGUUGA